AUGGACAAAGUCCCGAAUGCGAAUAAUCAGGAAAACGUCUCCGAGUCCCAGGUCAAGGGAUUUGGACGAGGGAUCGAGCCGCGGCCAGAAGUCCUAAACACUGUAGAUCCACCUCUACAACACGUGCUUAGAGCCCUCCUUGUUGCUCUACAGCGGGCUCUUCCUGAGGAGAAAGCGGGGGUGGUUCAAGACGGCAUAACUUGGGAGCAUGUUUCCCCGCUUACAGACGAAAAGCCAGUGACGCCUAAGGUGGAGUCCUAUCGCCAGUUUGAAAAGUACGUGUCCUCGCUCGUGACUCUUCUUGCUGCUAUAUGUCAUGACAGGAGGUUAUUGCGACUUGAUACUGAGCUCAAAGACUUCGCUGGAGAGGUCCGACAGCUCAGUAGUUCGGCUCGUAUCCUCUCCGCCAUUUCGAACGUACGGUCACGUCUUCGCCAGAUAGAAUACAUCCUCCACGAGAACGCGGCUAACCUUCUUCCCGGUGAUGUCGACCAUCGUACCCCGGAUGGGCCUUCCUGGAUGCAACGAUCGCCUUCAAUCAAUCCUGAGCUUCACAUCUUGACAGUUGAAGACGCAGGAACAGUGUUUGAUCAGCUGAAGGCCAGCGUUGAAGAACUCUACGAUGCUCUGGAGGAAUUCCCGGAGUUCGUAGAUGAUCACGUUGACAUGUCGAUCCUCGGGUUUGUCGGGGAUUUGAAGCGCUGGACUGCUUACAUGGACGUAUACAAGGGGAGAAUGAAUGAACUGGCAGUUUCACACUACCUCCACGAUCUAUCCGGAGAGGUAGGGCAACAUUGUGACGCUGUUGCAAGCACAAUCUCUGAGCUCGUCCGGGUUGGUGUACCUGAAGUGCGCUUGGAGCAAGCGCGUGCCAUGCAGGAGCCCCAGGUGCUUCUCGCAGUGGCCACCCUGUUCUCUGGCGUCAGCGCGACCACAAUACAAAUCACUGUCGACGAGUCGAGCACUUUCGGGAAUGUCGUGAAUGGUCUUUGGCUAUAUUCCCUCAUUUUUAGUGUCGCAUCAGUGGUCAAUACCUUACUGGGGAUGCUGUGGAACAAAACAAUAUAUCGUUCUCCGGAACAUCGCCUGGCAUGGUGGGUGAUGUUCUGGAUGAAGAGGAUGCCUUUGAUUCUUCUUAUGCUAUCCGUCAUCACAUUCUUCGUCGGAUUAAUUAUGUUUCCCUACCUGUCGCAUGAGAACUUGGUCGUGAGCUUGGUCGGCACCGCAUUAGCUGGCGCUAGUUCAUUGGGACUUUUUGCUAUUCUGGGACUAAUAGGCCUCGAGAGAUGGACAUUCUACCAGUUCGACGGGACCAAGUGGCCGGCAGACCUAUUCAGAGAAACACAACAGAGCGUCAAAGCUUCUAUGCCCUAUGUCACUGCUCGCGAAAACUUGAUGGUAUUGAAACAGCGCUCCACUCGCAGGAUGUCUUAUUUUGGUCACUGGCUUCGCACAUUGCCCCAGAAGGCCAGGAUUUUGGUAUUUCGGUCCCGACGUGACAGUCAUUGGGACGUUAGCAUUUCUCCCCCGGCUCUUCCUAUGACAGCUUCAGAUACUCAUGAUCGUUCGGAUGCCGGUGGCUCACAAUCCCAGCUACCGAUCGAACAGGCGAUGCAUUCAAACUCAAAUCUUCGGGAAGAAACGACACCACCAUCCGACAGCAAUCGGCAAGAUCACCGCCGGUUGGAGGGCGCCGUCCGCAUGGUAAUGUCUAUGCAACGAUCAAUGGAUCCGUUGAAUCCUCGUGAAAGCAAUUGGUAUAGCGUCCCCGGCGCUGCUCUACCUCCAUUCACUGGUGCAGGCUGGAAUGUUGACCAAGAUGACAAAAUGCAUCUCUCUCUGGUGAAGGAUAUGCAGUUUUCUCCCGACGGCAACACUUUAGCAACAGCCAGUUGGGAUGGGACAGCAGCUAUCUUCACCCAGAAAAAUGGCUCAUACACCAGACAUCGCACUCUUGCACAUCACGAGGAUGUCCGCCUUAGCCAGGUCGUAUGGUCUCCUGACGGCAAUCAUCUGCUUACGCGGUUAGAUCAGAUUAUCAAAUUAUGGACAAAGGACGGUCUUUGUGUAAAAACCCUACGGCGCUCGUGUUACGUGAGGGCACUCGCGUGGUUGGCUGACGGGCAAGCAUUCCUCCUCGUGGAAGAGAAUGCAUCAUCAUCAUCAGACACGGAUGUAGUGAAGAUAAGUGUGUCAGGGAAGCUCCUUGAGGCUAUAUGGUGGCCCUCGUUGGAAGUUCAUGACAUUGCAAUCACUCCGGAUGGUGACCGGGUCAUUGCUAUUGCGACCUACAGGGGCCGUUGGGAUGGGAUGGCUUCCAAGAAGUCUCGGUUGGAAAGGCGCCUAUUCGGUCAGGAAUACGUCCCAAUCUCGUUUCCAUGCCGCUCGGUCUGA